AUGGCUUCUACCGCUUUCGAUAUUGCACGCCUUGUGCUGCGUCAAGAUCAGGGUGCAGAGACACAGCCCGACGAGGUCAUCACUUGCGGCAGCGACAACGAGUACGAUGGCCGUAUGGGUACCCGCAUCUCGUCCAUUUUUGUCAUCAUGGUGGCAUCUAGCUUCGGUGCCAUGUUCCCUGUUCUGGCAAGACGUACGCGCCACAAGUUGGUACCUAACUGGGUCUUCUUCGCUGCAAAGUACUUUGGUUCAGGUGUGAUUAUCACUACUGCAUUCAUCCAUCUUCUCGCACCAGCGAACGAAGCACUGGGUAACGAGUGUCUGACCGGUGUCAUUGCCGCAUACCCCUGGCCUGAGGGCAUUGCCCUUAUGACCCUCUUCCUUAUGUUCUUCCUUGAGCUUAUGACCAUGCGCUACGCCAAGUUCGGUAAUGAUCAUGAUCAUGAGCACAGCCACGCGCCUGCAGGAAUCCCACCCGCGGCGCACGCCGAAGACUACAGCAGCUUCGACAACAACUUGAAGGAGCAAAAGGCGGGUGACAUCGAAGGGUCCGCUGGUACCAACCCUAACAUGCGUGGAGAAGAUCAUCUUGGCCACCAACGCGACCACGUUGACCACGAAGCUGAGUCGAAGUCCGAUAUGACGCCUCGCGCUCUCGUGCCAGAAGGUUACGCUUCCCAGCUGACGGCCGUCUUCAUCCUCGAGUUCGGUGUCAUCUUCCACUCUAUCUUCAUCGGCCUUACACUUGCUGUCUCUGGCGAGGAGUUCAUCACGCUUUACAUCGUCUUGGUAUUCCACCAGAUGUUCGAGGGUCUGGGGUUGGGAACGCGUCUGGCUGAGGUUCCUUGGCCAGCAUCCAAGCGCUGGACGCCGUACCUCCUUGGUCUAGCUUAUGGUCUCUCCACCCCCAUCGCUAUUGCCAUCGGCCUAGGUGUCCGACAAUCGUUUGCUCCCGAGUCACGCACUACACUGCUUACCAAUGGUGUUUUCGAUUCCAUCAGUGCUGGUAUCCUCAUCUACACUGGACUUGUCGAGCUCAUGGCCCACGAGUUCAUGUUCAGCCCUUACAUGCAAAAAGGUCCUGUUAGCCGGACACUCAAGGCUUUCGGCCUUAUGGUCCUUGGUGCUGGUCUGAUGGCGCUCCUGGGUUACUGGGCUUAA